AUGUCGCGCUCCAAUGACCCAGGUCAUUACUUCCAGACCACCUCGUCACUCGAGGAGACGGCUCGCAAGGCUGCCAAGUCGACCAACUCCAAGGGCAAUCCCACCAAGCUCCCCUCCAAGAUUCUCGCAGUCGCCGCCGACCCUCGGGAUGAGAGCCACAUCUACGUCGCGGAAGCUGCAGGCAGCGUAAAGCACAUCAAUAUUGAAACGAGUAAAGUCGCUGCGACCUUUUCCGGCCCCGCCGCGCCCCUGACCUCUGUCGCCGUUUCGACAAAAUCCGGCACGCUCUUUGCGGGCUGCUGGGACAAGUCCAUCUGGUCAUGGCCACUCUCCUCUCGAAAGGCCUCCACCCGCUUUCAGGGUCACGGUGAUUUCGUCAAGGCCAUCAUAUGCUUCACCCUGAACGGCAAGGAAAUCCUGGUCUCCGGCUCCCAAGACGCGAGCAUCAUAGUAUGGGAUGCUGCUGUGGGGACAAAGCUGCACACGCUCAAGGGCCAUACACGAGGCAUCCUAGCGCUCGCACUAGACCCGGCUGACUAUGAGCCUGGGAAAGACACAGCCACCGUCUUUAGUGCUGGAAGCGAUCGUGAGAUCAGGCGCUGGCAGAUUGGGUAUUCCGCGGCUUCCGAAGUCCACCCGUCACCAAUCAUUGCACACGAGACCAGUAUUGACGCUCUGCACUUCGACUCUGAUGGCGAUUUGUGGACGGCAUCAGCGGACAAGACAGCAAAGUGUCUAUCCAGAGGCCGAGAGUGGGAAGAAGAUUCCAAGUUCGAACACCCCGACUUUGUUCGUGACGUCGUUAUUGACGAAAACGGCGGGUGGGUAAUCACAGCAUGCAGAGACGAAGAGGUCCGCGUGUGGGAGAGAGCCAGCGGAAAGUUGCAUCAUGUUUUCACUGGGCAUUUUGAAGAGGUCACGGGACUUCUCUUGAUGGGACAGCGCUUAAUCAGUGUAAGCAUUGACGCGACAGUGAGGCAGUGGAGCCUCAAACCUCAAGAGCUCGCCAAAGCUGUGGAAGAAGCCGAGAGCGAGCGCCUCGGAAAGGAUAAAGAAAAGGAGCCCGAACAACAAGAGAGCCUGAUGACAGCGGAAGAAGAAGCAGAGCUCGCGGAGCUCCUAGGAGAUAGCGAUUAG